CCUCCUCUCCGCCCACUCUCGCCGCGGUCUCCUGGCGGCUGUGGCUUUGUCUCCUGGGCUGCUCGCCGCUCCCCGGGGCAGCUGCCACCCGUGGCCCGGCCGCGGCGCGGGAGCUGUCCGGCGCCCCCGGUGCUGAAACCCCCCGAGCGCGCGUCCCGCUCCAGCGCCAGCACCAUGUAAGGGCCAUGCGCCCUGGCGCAGCGCGGACAUGGAGGAGGAUUUAUUCCAGCUCAGGCAGCUGCCGGUGGUGAAAUUCCGACGCACGGGGGAGAGUGCCAGGUCAGAGGACGACACGGCUUCGGGGGAGCAUGAGGUCCAGAUCGAAGGGGUCCGCCUGGGCCUAGAGGCUGUGGAGCUCGAUGAUGGGGCCGCUGUGCCCAAGGAGUUUGCCAACCCCACCGACGAUACGUUCAUGGUGGAAGAUGCGGUGGAAGCCAUUGGGUUUGGAAAAUUCCAGUGGAAGCUGUCCGUCCUCACCGGCCUGGCCUGGAUGGCCGACGCCAUGGAGAUGAUGAUCCUGAGCAUCCUGGCGCCCCAGCUGCACUGCGAGUGGCGGCUCCCCAGCUGGCAGGUGGCCCUGCUGACCUCGGUGGUCUUCGUGGGCAUGAUGUCCAGCUCCACGCUCUGGGGGAACAUCUCAGACCAGUACGGCCGGAAAACAGGCCUGAAGAUCAGCGUGCUCUGGACCCUGUACUACGGCAUCCUCAGUGCGUUCGCGCCCGUGUACAGCUGGAUCCUGGUGCUCCGGGGCCUGGUGGGCUUUGGCAUCGGAGGGGUCCCCCAGUCGGUGACGCUGUACGCCGAGUUCCUGCCCAUGAAAGCCCGCGCCAAGUGCAUUCUGCUGAUCGAGGUGUUCUGGGCCCUCGGGACGGUGUUCGAGGUGGUCCUGGCCGUGUUCGUGAUGCCCAGCCUGGGCUGGCGGUGGCUGCUGCUCCUCUCGGCCCUCCCACUCCUCCUCUUCGCGGUCCUGUGCUUCUGGCUGCCGGAGAGUGCGAGGUACGACGUGCUGUCCGGGAACCAGGAGAAGGCCAUCGCCACCUUAAAGAGGAUAGCGACGGAGAACGGCGCCCCCAUGCCGCUGGGCAAGCUCAUCAUCUCCAGACAGGAAGACCGAGGCAAAAUGCGGGACCUUUUCACACCCCAUUUUCGGUGGACGACCCUGUUGCUGUGGUUUAUAUGGUUCUCCAAUGCCUUUUCCUACUACGGACUGGUUCUGCUCACCACCGAGCUCUUCCAGGCCGGGGACGUCUGCAGCAUCUCCAGCCGGAAGAAGGCCGUGGAGGCCAAGUGCAGCCUGGCCUGCGAGUACCUGAGCGAGGAGGAUUACAUGGACCUGCUGUGGACGACGCUGUCCGAGUUCCCAGGUGUCCUGGUCACCCUCUGGAUCAUUGACCGCCUGGGCCGGAAGAAGACCAUGGCCCUGUGCUUCGUCGUCUUCUCCCUCUGCAGCCUCCUGCUGUUCAUCUGUGUUGGAAGAAACAUGCUCACCCUGUUACUCUUCAUUGCAAGAGCGUUUAUUUCUGGAGGCUUCCAGGCAGCCUAUGUUUACACACCUGAGGUGUACCCCACAGCGACACGGGCGCUGGGCCUGGGCACCUGCAGUGGGAUGGCAAGAGUGGGUGCCCUCAUCACCCCCUUCAUCGCUCAGGUGAUGCUGGAAUCCUCCGUGUACCUGUCGCUGGCGGUUUACAGCGGCUGCUGCCUGCUGGCCGCCGUGGCCUCCUGCUUCCUGCCCAUCGAGACCAAAGGCCGUGGACUUCAGGAGUCCAGCCACCGGGAGUGGGGCCAGGAGAUGGUGGGCCGAGGGACGCACGGCCCGGGCGUCAUCAGGUCGAACUCUGGCUCGCAGGAGUAGUGACUGGGGGCGAGCGGGGGGGCUGAGCUGGUCUUGGAGGCCGGAGCGUGCCGGGGGGCUGGCGGAGCUCCGCCGGGCAGCACUGCCGACACCGAGAACUCAGCACGAGCGUCAUCUGGACCAACACGGUCUCCUGGCCUGACUUUGCUCCUUGUCACCCAGCUCCGCCCCGGGGCGGGGUCUCGGUCUGCGUGGGGGUGGGCGGGAGGGGAGGUUGACACGUAACCCGGGAAUCUGCAUGGGCGUGCGGGGCCCCGGGAGGAGUCAGUGCCCAACGGCCAGCAGCCCGAAGGACGCGGCCAGCAACCAGGAGACCUCUGGAGCCUGGGUGAGAUCCCGGGCGGCCCCCAGACCUCCCCCCCUGGCCCCCACCCCACCUGCUGCCCUGCAGGCUUCCCCUCGGCCUUUCUCCCCUGGAACCUGCGUGGGGGCCCGAAGGGUUUUCUCAGACGCGCCCUCCCCCGCAGGGACGCUUGUGUCCCUUGUGCCACGGCAGAGGGACGAGCACUUGCACUUGAGCCACGUCCCCCCUCCCCGGCAGGCCCCGAGCAGGUGCCAGUUCUGGGAUCUCAGUGUGGCCAUAGGAGCAGUGGGGCGGGCACGGAGGAAGCCUGGACGCCCGGGCACCGGGGAGCGAGGCCGGAGGGAGGUGAGGGCACUAAGGUGAAAGCCGGGUGUCCCCUCCACUCCAGAAGCACCAAGUAAUCGGGUGUCACAGCCAUCGGUGACUCGGAGCAAGGGAAACAGUUGGCUUGGUUUCAGCACUUCGGGUCUUGCGUGUGGGUUAUGGAGUCGUGAACAGAGAAGCCUUCAAGGUGCCCAUGGACCACCCACUCCCGGGCCGGCAGGGGCCGAGGGUCCUUCCGCCCUGCUUUCUGUGCCCGCCUUCCCAGCAGGAACACAGAGGCGGUUCCUGGGGUUCCAGCAGCGCCCCCACCUCCUGCAUCAAUGCCCCUGCCCCAGGAUGGGGGGAUGGGAGGCCCCAGGGGGGUGUGGACUGGGUCCAUCUUCGAAGGAAGACAGCCGAGGGGUGCGUGGCGUUUGGGGGCUGGCCUCGGGAAGAAGGCUUGGCGCCGGUGAGCGCAUAUUCCUGCUUCCACGAGCCGAGCCGUGUCCUGCCCACAAAGGCAGGGAGGAAAGGAAGGAGGCCGGGGGACCCCAGCAAUGGCCAGAGAAGACAGACCCUCGGCUCCACGGGGUCUGCGGGAAUAAACGUGGCAAGGAAGCCGAGGGUGUCCGUGCGUCUCUGAUUAAACUCGUGGGCCAGGCGGAAGCUUAUGACUUCAUCGAGACACGCUGGGGGCAGUUCAGCUCCAGGGCUGCCUCCUCCGUCCAUCCGGAGGACCCCCCGUCCCCUCCUUCCAAUGUGCUAUGACUUGAUCAUCUUCUCAACAAGCAACAAUACCUUUUUCUUUUAUUUGGGGGUGCCACACCCAGCCGUGUUCAGAACC